GUCGUGAGUUCGAAAGCCGUAGGAGGAAAGACUGCGAAUAAAACACUUGCACUAGCACGUUUUGCAUUACGCUGUCUCUAGUAACAUCGGAGUAACAUGGCCGGGGGCCAGGCGUAAACUUGCAGUGUUCAAAUUGCAACUCCACCUUCAUUUGGCACGCGACAUGAUCUUUUAUUCGCAGUUCUUAUUGUAAGAAACUGCAAGGGCGACUUGCGCUGAAGACAAGACGUGGUGUAACAUUGGUGUUACAGUGUGUGUACAUAGACACAGCACAGGCAGGGCCUCCACCCAGUUAUAGAGUCACCAUUAGUACGCAGCCAGCGUAAAAUAUAGCAGAAACCAUCUCCGAGCUGAGUAGGAUGACACAACGGUCACCUAGGAAAAGCCCACGCUUAAACGAUGGCCAGGAGAUAGCUACCACGGCGAGUGGGACGCAGACAAAGCGGACAAGUAGAAUGGUGAGCACUGUAUCACAAAUGCAAGUUCCCGCUGUUAGCGCGCCACAAAGCCCCAGCACCGUGGAUGUGGGCACAAGUGUACAACCUGCCGGCACUGUGGCCGCGGGAGUGAGUGCACGAGCCAGCACAUUGACAGGAGCGCCAAGCCCAAGCACGCAACUCUCAAGUACGCAAGUCAUAGAUUUGAUAAAGAGAGUCGCUGUGCUAGAGCACGAGUUGCAGAGGUCAAAAACUGGUCAAGCACAUGUAAGUACAGUUACUGAUCCCGUUAAGUUGAGUAGUGCUGGCAUGAGUGGUACAGCUAACCUGCCGCCAUCUUUGAUCGGAGCGGAGAGCGGAGAGCCAUCGUCGAAUGGAAGUUUGAGUGAAACUGCAACUAUGAGUGUAGUCCCAAAUUCAAAAGUAAGUUUGAGUGAAACUGCAAUUUUGAGUGGAACUACCAUUUUGAGCAGAUCGCCAUCUUUGAGUGAGGCACUGCCUACGUCAUUGAGUGGAAAUUUGGGAACACAGUUGCAAACGGUAGAACGGGCUACAGUUAUGGAUAACUGCUCUACAACGUCAAGCCGCUCGACGCCAUAUUGCUUUGCAGGCAUUGCACAGCCAACGCUCAGCUACACUCCGGCACAGGAGAACCAACAAACGAUAAUUUUGGAGCCAACGCAGGCAACUGGGAACUUCGCAUGGACGACUCCCAGGAACGAUGUAUGCCUGCCACGAAAAUUACCAGAUCUACCCGAGUUUGGAGGUCAACCUGAGGAUUGGCCUAUAUUCUUCUGCGCGUUUACGGAAACAACUUUGGCGUACAACUGUACAAAUCUAACCAGCGAUUGUUGAAGGCACUCAAAGGCGAAGCACGUGACACUGUGAAGUCGUUGCUCAUACAUCCCAGGAAUGUGAACAACGUAAUUGAACAAUUACGUUUUAGAUACGGCCGCCCAGAACAGCUAAUACGCAGCCAGCUAAUUAGUAUUCGAGAGGUGCAGCCAAUUCAGGAGCACAGCAUAGCUAAAAUCGUGCCAUAUGCUACA